AUGUUUGGAAUAUCCGCAUUGAGAUUUUCUUUUUAUCUCAUCGGUCCAUUUCUUGCAUUGAUUUUAAUAUUAAAAAUGUUGUAUCAAACGAAAUUAUUUUCUCAUUUGGAUAAUCCAGUUAACUGUUCGAUCGCAAGCAUCAGUAUACGAAGUACAAUAGAACGUACAAUUGUUGAUCUUGAAUGGUGGGGAUUUAAAUUAUUAAACGAAAAUGAAAAAAUUAUUGAAUAUUUUCAAAAUUAUAUUGUUGUACUUGUUGUUAUGACAUUUCAAACCGUUAUUAAAACGAGGCAAAAGAUAAUAAGAAUGGAUGCUGGAAAACCACCCAAUAUACCACCGGUUAUGUAUAUUCACGUGUCGAGAAAAGAUGCUGAUAAAAGUUUAAAAUUAUGUUUAAAAUAUUUAAUAAAUUAUGGAUUUUAUAAAUUUGGUGUUGAGAUCACGUUGUCGUUUUGCGUAUUCACAAUUGCUUACAGAAUGGAUAUUUUUUCAUUCGUAUACGCCAUAUGGGUUGCAAUUUUAUUCCUUCCACAAAGAUCAAAAUUGGCAGUUAUGUGGCCUUUUUUUAUGAUAACUUUAUUUUUAUCGGUGCUAUGGCAGUAUGCCAUAGCCGUCGGUCUAUCGAAAAAUGCCUGCAUCGAAUAUCCUUGGGAAGAACAUUCUCAAUUGACGAAUUGGUUUUUCCUACCGAGUUUCAAUAAAUUUCCUAGUACGAAUAAAACAUUAGUUGAUUUUUUUCUAUUGUUACUCAUACAAAGACAGCAAACUGUUUUCGAAUUAGAAAAAAGACACGGUGGUAAAUUUUUAGGAGGUUCUAACAAAGAUGUUUACAUGGAUUAUUACAAUGAUAAAUUUAUAAAUCCGACACCUGAUCACACCGGAACAAUAAAAUCGUGGUUAGACGUGUGUAAAUUUUUCUUCUUGAGUUGGUUAUUUCGCAUAACUUUAGCUUUUGAAUUUUGGAAUGGUGCAAGCAAUGCAACCAUAUUAUCAUUAGGAUAUUUAGUUGGUGCCUUUGUUUUUUUAUGGAUAGAUUACGAUCUUUGCUUAUGGCAUAUAAAAAAAAUACUCAAGUGGAACGUCCUAUUAGGUUACACCGUUUUCGUUAUACUGUUAAAAACAUUAAUGGAGUUUUUAAUAUGCAUAUAUUCGAGAUACAUACAAUUGAAUGCGAGUUGGUUGAUAGAACUUUUAUUUCUUCAGUGUUCCUAUUCAUUUCAUUCGGGUCAAAGGCUAAAUUACGAUAUUUAUUGGGAUUUCGUAUGUUUCACACUCGCUAUAUUUCAAAGGAGGUAUUUUCAAAGUUAUUAUUUUCUUCACGAAGUAGAUGACGUCAUGGGAGUUUUUAAAAUUCAAGCAAAAGGUGCUUUGUUAAUGGACGAAUUACAAGAAGAGAAAAUAAGAAAAUAUCACUUGCGUGAAACAAAAACUCUUAUGAAAAUAAAAAAAAACAUGAAUCGUAUAAAAGCAUGGCAGAAAAGAGUUCAGGGACUUAAUUAUUUUGAACCUACCGAUCAUGCUACGGCAACUUACAUGGGAGAUUAUUUUAUGUUUGAAGAUUUAAAUGAAGUUUCUACCGAAUUGGAAGAAUCAUCUAGUACUUCGAGUGAAGAUUCCGAUGAAAAAGAUAUGUCAGAGGAAGAAAGACAAAACGUGACGAUGUCAGAAGUAUGCAAUGUUUUCCUCAAAGGAGAAGAAAAUGCACAGGCUCAAGCAAAUGAAGGAAAAUUAAAAACUCAGAAAACGAAAAAAUCGCUCCUUCAUUCAUUUUUUGAUAGCAUCAUGGUAUCGAUGAUAAGAUUUUUUAAACGUCAUUCUCGCGAUUAUAGAUACAUUCAAACAAAAAUGAAAGAAGAAAGAGAAAUUCAAAAGAAAAUAACAAAAGGAACAGGAUCGAUCGACGAUAGUUAUACUAAAAAAGAUACCAGAAAAUCAUUACAAUCCCAAGAUGAGUCUGAAUUCGAUGAAGAAACAAGCGAUGAUCUUAAUUCAGAAUAUCCAAAGAAAUCAUCUCAAGCUCUUUUAGUUGAUUUAAUAAAUUCAAUUUGCAUGUUUGUCAUGUCGAAAACGGAAUUAUUUUGUUAUGUAAUUAUAUUUUUUCACACGGCACUAUCUCCUACAAUGAUUUCGCUACCUUUACCCUUAUUAGUAUUUUUCUGGGGGUCUUUAACAACCAUUAGACCCACCACUACAUUUUGGACGGUUUUAAUAGCAUAUACAGAGAUUACCGUCGUUAUAAAGGCUUUUUUUCAAAAUUCAAUUUUCCCAUGGAAUCUCGAAGUUAAUUUAUACAGUCCUGAAUAUCCGCCAUUGUUUUUAGGAAUUCACAGAACGAGUCAAUACGUUAUAUCGGAUUUAUUUUUACUUUUAGUAUUAUUUCUACAUAGGUACAAAUUGAAAACUCUCGGAUUGUGGAAGAGGAGUCAAGAAGAAGAAACCAUAUUGCCGCAAAAUAUGAAAGUAUAUAGAGAAUUAUUUUCGGUCGAUCCGAAAGAUUUUCCGAACAAUAGAAAACGUUUACAGCGGAAUAGAUCAUACAUUUUAGAUAAUUUCGAAGAAAAUUAUCCCGAAACAACACAAAUGGCUGCAUGGAAACGUACGAGCAGAGCAACAGCAAAAUUAAUUUAUCGCGGUAGUAAAUUUAAAACGAAAAUAGUUGUUAGAGAAAUCGAGGGUCCCAUAUUGGUCACUCACGAAGGACGUCGUUUAGAACCGACUUUUGCAUUUGUUACACAAUUACCGGAAGAGGCUCUGGAAGGGAAUUUAGUUUUGAGGGUAUGGAUUCAACAUUUUACAUGCGUUAAAAAAUUUUUUUUACAAAUAGCCGUUCGGGAUUGGAGAGUAUCAGCCGAUUAUUACACCCUGAUGUUUAUAUCUGAAUUUUUAGCAUUUUUAUUAAUUUUUUUCGGAUAUUCUUCAUUCACCGAUUCAAGAGAUAUGGAUUCUGAAGAUUAUUUUAAUUUAGCAGAAAAUCAAAUUCCGAUAUUUUAUUUGUUCACAUUAAUUUUUCAUUUUUUAGUCAUCGUCACGGAUAGAAUACUUUAUCUAAAAAAAUGCAUACUCGGAAAAUUAUUCGUACAAUUUUUUCUUAUCAUUCUUAUACACGUUUGGAUGUUUGUUAUGGUUCCAUUGAAAACAGAAGUACCGUUCAAUAGCUUAAUUAUACCACAAAUGUAUUAUUUAAUCAGUUGUUUUUACUUCUUAAUGUCUGCGUAUCAGUUGCGCGUUGGUUAUCCAUUAAGAGUACAAGGACAUUUUUUAUGUAAAAAAUAUGGUUAUAUUAAUUAUUAUGCUUAUAAAGGAUUGCAAUUGAUUCCAUUUUUUAAUCAAUUAAGAGUUAUUUUAGAUUUUCUUUGUACUCAAAGUUCAUUUAAUAUGACCGAAUGGAUUAAAUUCGAAAGUAUUUUUCAACUAAUUUAUGAAAAUAAGUGCUGCAGGAGAGCGGAUAUGAUUUACCCCGUUCCCAGGGGACAAAAUUAUCCUAAAUUUUCUAAAACGAUUCCUGGUGUAUUUGUAUUGCUCGGUAUAAUUAUAAUUAUUUGGUUACCAUUUAUUGUAUUUGCUUUUUUUAAUACUGUCGCACAACCGAAUUUACCACAAGAAGCGGAAUUAACAUUAGAAUUAGGAAACGUUGGAAAUAUUUUCAUAUCAAGAGCAUCUUUCACGGAAAUAAUAGAGUUCAAAUCAUCCGAUUUUAAAGCUUUGCAAACUCUGUACAAAGGGAAUAAAAAAAUUUGGGCAUUUUUAGCUUUGUUCGAUUACAGAGAUGUGACUGCGAUCAAAUUUAAAGUCACUUCCAUCAAACCGUGGAAAACGAAUACAAAAGAUUUCGAACUUUUAAAUAAAACGGUUCAAAAUUUGGAUGCGCCUCUUUCGAUAUAUUUAAUAUGGAAAAUUAAAAGAGUGCCCAGAUCGCAAAUAGUUGAUCAAGCCAAAGGAUACAAGGAAAUGGUUUUAAAAAAACCGGAUAAAGCAAGAGAAAUGUUGGCUCAAGCAUUUACAGAAAAAAAAGUCGAAAUAUUUCUACAUCAUUUUUUACCAAAAUUCUUACAUAUAACAAACGAAGGUCAAGCUAAACCCGUGAAUGGAUUUUUAAGUACGGAUGAUCGAACGAAUUCAUUUAGGAACGUUACGUUAAUACUUGAAGAAAUCGGUUCGGAUCGUUGGUGGAAAUUGGUAGAAAUACCUGACGACAUCGAAGAAACAGAAAAAAUUAGUAAAAUCCCAUAUCAAACUCAGGACGUGAUAACAAUAUAUACGUUUAAUGAAAAAAACAUACCGAAACUUUUUUUAAACGUUAGCAAAAAAGGGAUUAUUGGAUUGUAUUUAUCGUUAGUUUUCGUAUCUUGGACGUUUAUAAGAAGACUCAUGUGGAAAUAUCCAUAUAUAAUGUUUGAUGAUAUGCCAAAUCCAGAUCAAGCUUUAAAGCUAUGCUACGAUAUUUAUCUUGCAAGAGAAAGUAAAGAUUUUUUAUUGGAAGAAGAUUUAUACGCUAAAUUAUUAUUCCUGUUUAGAUCUCCGGAGACCAUGGUCAAAUUUACAAGAUUAAGACCGUUAAAUCGUGGAACGAAUUAA